AUGGGAAGACAAAAAGAAAAGUUUUGGCAACAUGCUGAGCAACUUGAUAGUUCACAUUUCAAAUGCAAAUUUUGUGAAAAACAAGUUUAUGGAGGGGUCACUCGACUCAAGUAUCAUUUAGCUAAGGUUAGUGGUCAUGAUGUUGCCUCUUGUGAGAAAGUAUCAGAUGAUGUCCAAGCAGAAGCUCUUCUUGCUAUUAAUUCUGAAUCAAGUAGCAAAAAGCGGAAGAGUUGUACCAGUGGUGAGAGUAUAGUUGGUUCUUCUCCUUUAGCUAUAACUAGUCAAAGGCAGUCCACAAUGGAGGAAAUGAUCCCUAAGAUGGACAAAUCAACUUGGGAGAAAUCUCUUUGUGAUCUUUUUAUUAAAAAUAACAUUUCUUUCAAUGUUGUUCAAUCGGAUGCUUUCAUCAAUUUUGUGAAGUGCACAGCCCGUUAUGGUCUUAGUGUUCCUAUUCCAAGUUAUGGAACCCUUCGUGGAAGAAUAAUUCCUGAAGCAAGAAAGGACCUUAAAAAAUAUGUUGAAGAAGUAAAAUUUUCUUGGAAGCAAACUGGUUGUACAUUCAUGUCUGAUUCAUGGACUGACUUGAAGAAGCGGUCUUUUCUUAAUGUGAUUGCUUAUUCCCCAGGUGGUGCUCUCUUUUUGAAGUCAGAGGAGUGUUCUCAUGCUAAAUUGACUGCUUUUUAUAUAUUUGAUAUUCUUGAAAAAGAGAUUGAAAGUAUUGGCCCAAAUUUAGUGGUUCAGCUAAUUUCAGACAAUGCAUCCAAUUAUUCAAGUGCACUUGAUAUGCUUACUGGAAAGUAUCGUUGGUUGUUUAAGACUCGAUGUGCAGCCCAUGGUAUCAAUCUAAUGUUGAAGGAUAUCUAUGAAAAGUCAAUUGUUGAAGUGGAAGAGAAGCUUAGACUCCUAGUUGCAUCAGCUGAGUGGAGGAGUCUAAGAAAUUCGAGAUCUUUAGAAGCAGAACGAGUAGUGGACACCAUUCAAAGGGAGUCGUUUUGGAAUGAUUCAAAAGAGAUUUUGAGAUUUAUGGAACCAAUCAUUCGAGUUCUCCGUUUGGUUGAUGGUGAUGGAACUAUAUCAGGGUAUUUGUAUGAAGCAAUGGAAAGAGCAAGAGAGCUGCUGUUUUCAACCCCACUUAUUUUUUUAGUGAAAGAUUCAAAAAGAUUCCUCAAAUGA